AUGAAAAAUUCAAAUUUAACAGCGAACGACUUCACCGAUCUUCUUCAACAGUCACAUCAUACUAUCAAAGCAAAUAAAUUAUAUGCCUGUACUCGAAAUUCUAAUAUUCACAUUCAAAACAUGGAAGAUGUUAUUUCAACACUGAAAUCAAUGAAAGAAUACAUGAAACUCAGAAUCCUUGAUGGCAUUGUUGACUUUUUAGAUCAAAAAGCGAACGAAAUUCUUGAAUCUACAGCGAGAAUUCAAAAACUUCAAACAGAACUAAACGAAAUUCAAAAACAAAAACAAAAAAGUGACAACAACAUAAAAUCACUUCAAUUUCAACUCAAUCAAAUUAAUGAAGAAAACACUACAUUAAAGAGAAAGAUCUCUGAAAGAGAAAGUAACACAAAUCAAAAUGAAGGAAACAAUGCCGAAAAAGAAAUUCUAUCAAAAAUUUCAGAACUCAAGGAAUCAGAUGAUUUCGAAAGUAUCUACAAAUUUAUUGAUGAGCUUUCAUCGCAAGGAAAUCAAAAGAUGAUUUCAAAAGCAUGUAAAGAAGGACUUUGGGAAAAGAAAACGAAACCCAAUCGAAAAAAGAUAGCACCUAAAUUAUUUCAAGUUGAUGAUGAAAAGAAUGUACUUCAUUCUGCAAGUGAAAAAGGAAAUCUCAAACUUGUAAAAUCUCUGAUUGAAUGUGGCUGUGAUAAAGAAACAAAGAGUAGUUGGAAUUAUACUCCACUCAUUUAUGCAUCAAGAAAUGGCCAUCUUGAAGUAGUUAAAUAUCUAAUCUCAGCUGAGGCUGAUAUAGAAGCAAAGAGUAAAUAUGGAGAUACUCCACUCAUUUAG